UAUUAAGUCAACUUCACUUGCGAUUAUAUUUCUAGUUAAUAUGAAAAUGUUAAAAUUCAGUUGCCUACUGUUGUCAGUAGUUUUUUUAUCAUCAUAUGGCCUAUUUUUGAAAAAUAAUUAUUCUUUUCUAACUGAUGAUUCUCUUAUUAAAAACUUAACAGAAAAAAAUGCAGAAUUAUUUUUAGAAAAAGUCAAUAAGAUUUUAAUGGAAAUUGCUAAUACAGAAAUGGAAGCCUUGUGGAAUCAUCAAAGUAAUUUAAAUGAUUCUUACUUGGCUGAUUUUAGUACCAAUGUUUUCAUUGAAACUGCUACUUUCAAAAAAUUAUUGAUAAAAUAUGUUGAAAAAUUGCCUUGGAAAAAUUUAAAUAAUACAUAUCUUAGAAGGCAAUUUUCAAAAAUGGGUGACAUUGGAAUCGCUGCCCUAUCUCCACAACGUUUAAAUGAAUAUCAAAUGAUUACAAAUGACAUGGUUAAAACAUUUUCAACAGCUAAAGUUUGUGAAAUGGAAAAUGAAAAAAAAUGUAAUCUCAAUUUAGAAUCAGAUCUCAUAAAAUUAAUGGCCACCAAUCGAAAUGAAACAAUGCUUAAAUAUUAUUGGACCGAAUGGCGAAAAGUUAGUGGUGAAAAAAUAAAAUCUUUAUAUUCCGAAUAUGUUAAAAUUGGCAAUGAAGCGGCAAAUUUAAAUGGAUAUGAAAAUAAAGCUAAUCUUUGGAUGGAAAAAUAUGAAGUGGAUGAUUUUGAAUAUCAAAUCGAAUCUGUUUGGCAGGAAAUUAAACCCCUUUAUCAAGAAAUACAUGCCUAUGUAAGAAGAAAAUUGAGAGAAAAAUAUGGAGAAAAUAUUGUCUCCAUGAAGGGACCAAUUCCAGCUCAUCUUUUAGGAACAAUGUGGGCUGAUUCUUGGGAGAAUAUAGCCGAUUUUACUCUACCAUAUCCUGGAAAAAAAUUACCAGACGUAACUCCAAAUAUGAUAAAACAAAAUUACACAGCAAAGAAAAUAUUUCAUUUGGCAGAGGCAUCAUUCUUGUCAAUGAACAUGAGUGCAAUGCCUGAUAUGUUUUGGAAUAAGUCCAUUUUUGAGAAACCAAUUGAUCGUGAAGUAAUUUGUGAACCAAGUGCAUGGGAUUUUUAUAAUGGUAAAGAUUUUCGAAUAAGAAUGUGUACAUCAAUAGAUGAAAAUUCAUUACAAAGAGCACAUCAUGAAAUGGGUCAUAUCGAAUACUAUAUGGAAUAUAAGGAACAACCUGUUAUUUUUAGACGUGGUGCUAAUCAAGGAUUUCAUGAAGCUAUUGGCGAUAUGAUUAGUUUAAGUAUCACGACACCAAAACAUUUGCAAAAAAUAGGUCUCCUCGAAAAUUAUAUUGUCGAUGAUGAAGCAUCGUUAAAUCAUUUAUAUCUCAAGGGACUUCAAUUAAUUUCCAAUCUUCCAUUUGCAUAUAUUAUGGAUUUAUAUAGAUGGAAAAUAUUCAGAAAUGAAAUUUCAUCUGACAAUUAUAAUUCUCAAUGGUGGAAAUUGGUAGAAACAUUUCAAGGUAUCGAGCCCCCCAUCAAUAGAACAGAGGAAAAUUUUGAUGCUGCUUCUAAAUUUCACAUUGUUAAUGAUGUGGAAUACAUAAGAUAUUUUAUCAGUAAUGUUAUACAGUUUCAAUUUUAUCAAGCCUUAUGCAUUGCCGCUAACGAAUUUAAUCCAUUUGAUUGGAAAUCUCAACCACUUCAUCAUUGUGACAUUACAAAUAGCACGAAAGCAGGAAAUCUUCUCAAAAGCAUGUUAAAAAUGGGAUUAUCAGAACCUUGGCCUGUUGCUAUGAAUAUAUUAACUGGUCAAAAAAAUAUGAAUAGUUCUGGUCUAUUGGAUUAUUUUCAACCUCUAAAAAUAUGGCUUGAAUCUGAAAAUAAAAAAACCAAUGAAUACAUUGGUUGGGAAAGUAAUAACAAUUAAACCAAGAAAACAACUUUUUUUAAUUUAACGAUACCAAGAACAAGAAAAAUCUAUUUCGCCAACAGUAUUUUUUUGUUAAUGUUAAAAUGAAUUUUAUGUUAAUUAUUGUAUAAGGCAAUACACGUGUUAAAAACGUAAUAUCUACUUCAAAUGUAGGUAUGUAGAUACUUUGUAAACAAAGUUUAUUUACAAAUUUUCUGUAUAUAUUAUAUACGUUUUUGUUGAUUUUAUGUUAAAUAAACAUAGUGAUAAAAUUA